GCAGUUUGUGUGGAUGCAGUGCUCUCCCCAAACCUGACCCGUCUCCACGGCUUCCAUUUGUGCCUAAUGCACCUGAACAUGGCCUGAGUAGUAUUCAGUUCUCCAUCACAAGAAUGGGACUCCAAACAGGAGUUUAACUUGAACUAUUACUGUUCUGAGACACAACUGAUAGUUCUGUUGGGAUACAGGGCGUUAUUCUUCAAAGGCAACGGUUUUAAUCUAGAAACCUUGUAUGUAUGAAAUGCAGCCAGCUUUACUGGUCACAUCCUUGACCUGUUGUUUUUUUUUUUUAUAUACAGUAUUACAACUUUCCAUACAUUCUAAAUGGGUUGUAGAAAACAUUGAUGGUCUUCAUACAGUUUACAACUUGCAUGCUAGCAUGGACAUUAUAAUUCUAAACUUAAUCAACUAGGUGACAUGUAGAAAUCCUGUCACCUACAUGCAUAAACCAUGAGCUUUUUGUGAUUGGAUUGAUGGAAAAUUGUCACAGUACUUAGUAACUCCUGACAUUAGCUAAUUUAAAUGUUAAUCCUUAAUGUCCUGGAACACUUGGUAGAGUAAAAGCAUGCUAACAAGCGAUGCCUAAUUUGACACUAUUACACGUGUGUACCCUACCUCACACAUACCCCUUUUCCCUUUUCCCUGGAGCCUUUCUGGAACUGGCGCCCCACCUUUGCUCUGUAGUGUGUUCAGUGUGUCCUCAGAGGCAGCCUUUGUGUGGUUGAUGUCUGUCUCGUGUGUUCAUUGAUGUAAUCAGUUCACAAAUGUGGUCACACCACAUAGCUACAGCAUAAGAGCCUGGCUAGAAACUGGGAUGAACACCACUCUGAUGGGCUGUUGGGCUGAAGUAGGAACUGCUUGUCCCCUGUGGACAACUGUUUUCCCUCCUCUCUUUCAUAACAUGAGUUAUUGUGUUUAAUUUGGUGUGAAGAAAAGUGAUAGUUUAUUGAAAAUUGCUGUACUUUAUGAGCAUGCAGCCGCUUCCGUAUUUUUCAUGCUCCAAUUGUGGCCUUCAGUAAUGACUUUUAAAUUGCCAUGCACCUGUAGUUCAAAGUAGUAACCAUAAAAUGCACACAAUUUUGAAGGAGGACUGCACCAUGCACCCUGGGACACCAGCUGUCAUUGGGUACAAACACAAGCACAAAGGUGCCACUAAACCCAGGCAGCACGUCUGUGGAAAAUGGGGGGUAAUGGGAGCAUCAAGUGAGGAAAAACAUGCAAAAUUAUGACACAAGGCACUCCACUCCAGAACUGAACCCAGGAAGCAGCUGCACAAAGGGCCAUGCCGCUGUACCAUCUGUCUUUUAUUCCCGAUUGCCAAAACGUUAUUAGAAAAAAGUUCACAACUCCUAAUGAUUCAGGAAUGUUCAUAUUACCUGACUCCAGUACAUGUGCUUCUAGUUUAUACACAUCUAAGAUCUACCGUCCAGUUACAUCAGUUCACUGCACCUCGUUAAUUCUGUGCCACACAAGACUGUAACUGGGACUUAACAUAGAGCAGAGCUAAGAAUACUUCCUGGACAUUUGUCUAAUUUGUCAGCCUGUGGUUUAUGACCUGAGACCUUUAGGAGCACUAAAACCCUGUUUGUUGGUGCAUGGAAGCCAGCUCUCGGUCAGGCUCUCUUCAACGCUCUUUGUGAACUGGAUACACCACUGGAUACCAUGAAACAGAUGUUGAUGUUGAAAAUUUUAUCAAAGCAGGUACAAAACAGGAUGGGCACCCCGGGUCCCUGACACUGGGGUAUUUAUCAGUCUGCAUGGUGCCCUCUUUGCUAAAAAGAGGCUUCUUGGAAAAGAAAGAGAAAGAAAAGAGGGGAAAGGAGAAUUGGAAGUAAGUAUGCCUGUCAAUCCACCCUCUACCUGGUCAAAUGGAUGUGGGAGAUCCCCUGUGUGGAUGAAGGGGGCUCCCUUGGAUCAAGUCUGGAGUGCCAGGAAUCAGGGCUCUGUAGGUGGGGCAGUCCUAUCCCCAGGUAUGCUGAGCUGUCAUUGGGUUUUAAUGCCUUCAUUUGGUAGUGCCGAACUGGUUUAAAGGAAGCCGUUUAUCAGGUCCUUAGCUACUGGUGAAGGAACUGGCGCAGUUGAUCAGUGGAGUGAGGAUGUUUACAUUCCCAUUGGAAGUAAAACUCCGGAGGCUCAGUGUUGUGGCCUUCAGCCCAGUACCUACCUAUGAGGGGUGUUCCCACCUGUGGCAAGAACAGAUGUUUCAUAUCAUCACUGGGGACUUGAGGGCAUUAAAGCCUCCUCUGGCAGAGAGUGAAAUGUCUGCCAGUGCAGUACUUUCCAUUGUAGGUUUUGCACAUCCAGCUGUUACAUGGUGUUAAUGGGAGGUUGUGAUGGUAUACAAUGGAAGGCCUGGUACUGGACUCCCCUGGUCUGAGGAACACAGAGGAGCUCUCAGAGCUAGUCAGAGUGAAGGCACCUCUCAAUCAUAUGAUCAGCUUGUGGUGUGGUCGAGAACUCUGGAGUAAGGAAAAACCAUUAGUGUUUCUCUGUGGGUGGGAAUGAGGGAGAGAGGUGGAGGUUCACAGAGUGACCUGUGAACUUUCACCCCUCUGUAUGGAAACUUGUUGCAGGGUCAGUCCUUGUAGCUGCCUUGUUGCCAUGGUCACUCUCAGGCCCUUCUAAUCACAUCAGAGCACGGCCGCAGAGGCCUAGGACCAGUUCCUGCGAGCAGCACCAGUGGCAGGGGGCGUGGGGGAAUUCCUGAUGCGGAAGAUGGGCUGGCGAGAAGGCGAGGGGCUGGGCAAGAACUGUGAGGGCACUGUGGAGCCCAUUAUAAUCGACUUCAAGACAGACCGGAAGGGUUUGGUGGCCGUAGGAGAGAAGACUCAGAAGUCAGGCAGCCUGUCGGCGAUGAAGGAUCUUCUAGGGAAGCAUCCAGUGUCUGCUCUCAUGGAGAUGUGUAACAAGAGGAAGUGGUCGCCCCCGGAGUUUGUCAUGGUUCACAACAGUGGCCCAGACCACCGUAAAAACUUUCUUUUUAAGGUGGUGAUCAAUGGCAGAGAGUACCAGCCCCAUACAGCCAGCCCUAACAAGAAGCAUGCUAAGGCUAUGGCAGCCACAGUGGCCCUGCAGGCAAUGGGGGAGGUGUCUGGGGACAGCAUGCCCACUGGCCCCGUGUUCACUGCUGCUACCAGCUGAAACUGGAACCAGGGUUAGGACUCAUUCUAGUUUCUCUACUUCAGACCAGGUCCCAAUGCCAAUUCCUAUUUCCUGUUCACGGAAGUGGUCAUGGGAAGUGGUGGUAAGGGAGAAGGGAAUUGUAAUUGACUUAGACUAACACAGGAGCAGACCAGCACUCUGUUCCAGACUGACCAACUGACCGAAAAUGGAAACCUCAAGAAGCGCAUUAGUGCAGAUAGACUCGGAUUCCAGGACAGGAGGACAGACCGGCAGCUAAGAGAAGGUGUUCUAGUUGCUGUGCCUGGUGCCCAUUUACACCAUUUAAAUCACGAAAAUCAACUGUGUUGUGCAACAAUUUUUUGUCAAAUUUUUAAUGAUUCUCUCUUUUGGUUUUAAAUGUUUUUGUGUUAGGUUUGGUUUUGUCACUUAUGGAACAUAGCUCAAAUGGACUUCUUGUGUUGUUACGAACAAACAAUUUCAGUCUCACAGGAUGGUGUUUAUAGAGUCUUGAUUUCCGAAUGACAGACUUUGAAAUCUGAUUCCAGAUCUCAAUGGCCCUGAUAGUAAGAGCCUUUAAGUCCUUCCCCUGUCAGUAGGGAUGUGUGGAGCAGCUACCCCAGUAACCUCAUGUUCUUAUUCCUACUGUAUUCAGUGUUUUAAAACAAUAAAAUGUGGACUCAUUUAGUAGUGGAA